AUGUCCGCAGAAGUAUCCCACGGCCGUGGCGGCGCCGGCAACAUCAACGCCGACGACACCAAGUAUGUUGAUGGCGAGGUUGUCCGCCUUGGUCCCGUGGGAAGCCAUGGUGAUGGCGCCUACAGCACUGGACGAGGAGGUUCCGGCAACAUUGGCGACCCUGGCACCACGGCUCCGCGACGCGCCGACAAGGAGGUCGUCCCCGAAGCCGCUGUCCGCCUCAGCUCCGACAACGUUGACUACCACACCGGUCGCGGCGGUGCUGGUAAUGAAUACGUUGCUUCCGAACACAAGAAGAGUACUUCGGCUGAUGGGUCCCCUGCUCCUGCGGCCCAGGAAGCUGCCGAGAAGGAGGCCAAGCCGCCGACGAGCUUGGCUGACAAGCUCAAGCAUAAGAUUUUCGGGCACUUCAAGAAGUGA